CAGCCGUCAAGUCAACAACAACAACAACGAACAACAACAACAACGUUGAUCUCCGCGCAGUGUUCGUGUGCGUCCUGGGUUAAUCUAUUUCUUCUCAACCAGUUCGAUCCCACUCUUUGGUCAUUUUUUUCGCUCAAUUUUAUUUUGUGUGCGACCCUUUAAACAUUAUUACUUGCUCGUAGAUUUUUCCCAGGAAGUGGGAAGCACUAAGGAGAGAAAAUGGGGAGUGACGACAAAGCCGUGAUCACAGGGUUUAUUUGUAGACUGUGUUCUAGAAUGAACCGCUUUGUUGUCCAUAUUUAUGGGGAUGAAGGUGUGCAAAUGCAACUAGCUCAAAAGAUAAAUAUUUAUCUCCCAAUCACGGUUAAUCCGAAUGAUCCCCUUCCCAAAACUGUUUGCAUUUCAUGCAUUGACAGUUUAGAAGCUCAGCAUGAACUUAUGGAACAGUUUAAGUGGGCAAGGCAGAGGGUUCAAAGAGUAACAAAGGGUGCUACAUCUGAGGAUUGUGGCAGAAAUCAUUCUCCAAGACCUCCUGAAGAAAUUAGAACACCAGUUUCAAUAUUACCAUCAAAUACAAAUCGUCAAAGACCCUCAACUGAAGGCACAUCAAGUGAAUCUACCAGCACUCGACCACCUCGUGAAGGUGCCUCAUCCUCUUCAGGCCCCGCUCUCAGUAGCUGAUAAGUUAAUAUCCGUAAUCAACACUGUCUGUGUAAAUUUUAUAGCUACUGCUCAAACAGCAGUGCUAAAUAUACAUUUUAUUAUUAUAGUUAUGAAAUUGUUGUAAUUAUUUAUAUUAUUAAGUGAUGUAUUCAAUGUAGUAAGUAGUGUUUAGGCAAGCUUCAUUUUCUAUUUGAUUUCUCUCUGCUAUCAUUGUUUCCUGCUAAAAUCAACAAUUCUCCAUUUUUUUUCAUUUCCCGGUAUUUUAGUUAGCUAUGUAUGUGAACAUUUUUUCAUAGACCGAUUUGCAUUAUCAAUGAGGAUCAAAGGCUAUGGCUAUGACACUUCGGCUGUGAAACUUUUCUGUCAUUACCUCAAACUUCUGGUUAACUGAGUCAUUUUUUUGUGUGUAUGUGUGUUUGUAUGUAUGUAAUGUAUGUGCAUGGAUGAGUAUUUAUGAACUUCCCUCUGUCUAGUUAUUAGCGGAUAUGUCAAUAUUUAACUAAGAUUAAACAAAACUAUUUUCUCAAGACACAUUAAGAAAUAAACUCUUCACCAUGGAA